AUUAACCCUCGGCUAGAUGGGUGCAUUCGUGCCUGGAACCUGAUGAAUCAGGGACACUCAGGUGUAAAAGAAGUUAUUCAAGAAAAACAAAGCAAACACUGUUUAGUAGCAGUGGGGAGAGGAUCCUUCUACCCUGGCACUGGAAUGGCAAUGUUUCAGAUAAACUAUAAUGAUCUUGACAGUGCUGAAGAUUGGCUAAUAAAUGUGACUAUGACUAUUCGCCCGUCCACAGACACUGGUGUUAUGUUUGCCUUGGUUUCUGGUGAAACAGUGCCUCUUGCUUUGUCCAUAGUGGACUCUAACUCCUCUGACUCACAGAAAAUCAUUGUGACCAUUGGAAACAUCACUGUUGCACAUCUGGAAUCAAAGAAGUUAUGUACGCCCAGAAAAGUGCUAGUUGGACUUCUAGUAACCAGACAGCAACUUGAACUGUCUGUUGAUUCUCACACAGACAGAAGCAAUUCAGAGCAACUGUCUAUCCUGCACCAAGCAAUGAUGGCAAAUGUUGUUACCUACUUGGGCGGUCUGCCAGAUGUUCCUCUGGGGGCUACGUUAGUAACCGCUUUUUAUAAUGGCUGCAUGGAGGUGGAGGUCAACAACAGACAGCUGGAUCUGGAUGAAGCCAUUUCUAAACACAAUGACAUUAGAUCUCACUCGUGCCCACUGAUUAUGCAGUAACCAUUCAAUUCUUAAUUUAACUUUUUUCUUUCAGAUAUAAUUUAUGUAAUUAGUCUCAUGCCAUAAUGAAGCCUGUAUUAUGUUAUUCAACAUGUGCCAGGAAAAUAAUCAACAGCAUGUUUUUCCUCUCUUUUAUAUAGAAGGGGGAAAAUCCCCUCUUUUCAACUGUAAAGAGACAAUCAAGAUAAAAUUCUGUAAGAUGUUCUUUUAUUCAUAUCAGUGAUAAAUCUUAAAACUAAUUUAUCUUCCAU